AUGAGAAAACUCCUGAAGGUCGCCAUUGCCGAUGUGAACAAAAUAGCAUGUGACGAUGUCACGAAGUCGUCCAUCCCAUUUAAAGGGAAGUUAAAAUCACUAAUUAUAAAAAAUAUAGACAAAUUUGAAAAUGAAGAAAUUUUGAAAAUAAUAGAAAAUUACAAUGGACACAAUGGGAACGACAGGAAAAUUCUAAAAAGCAGUUACGACGUUUUUAAAAACAAUAUACACCGAUACUCCUUUGACCAAAUAAAUAGAAUACUGAAAUUGUACACCAUAUCUCAAGUGUAUGACAACCAGUUUAAUGUGUCCAUCCUUGGUUACCUAAUUAAGAGGCUCCAUGCGAUGCCCGCUAGCGUGACCGUGAACAUAUUUCAUAAUUUGGUGAAAGCCGGUCUAAGAGAUCACAGAAGCAUUGAGCCAAUUAAAGAUCAUUUUAGGAAAAAUCUAGACGCGUACAAUACCCUAGAUUUAACAAUUAUUUUAAGUUCGUUCACCAUGUUGCAGGAGGAUAUUAUAAUGAACUCUGCAAAUUGGGGAGUCAACGAAAAUUCGCAAAGUGCAAAGAUGAAGAAUUCUCCACAAUGCGCCAUUAAUUACAACGAUAUUAUCUCGUUCAUACUGAAUAAAAUAAAAAAUGAUGAACACAUUCACAACAAUUUGAGCGUGGUAAAUUCCAUCUUGAUACUAAAUAUGAUUAGCCGAUUGAAUAUUAACAAUUACGAAAUUUUUAAAUUUUUUACAACAAAGUAUUAUAAAAAUUUAAACGAAAGGGAUGUAGAACCACACCACCUAACCCUGCUGCUCAACUCAUUUGCAAAAUGCAACAUAAACAUUAACAUUCUGAAAUAUAUAAUUAAAUAUAUGAACAACCAAAAUUUUAUUAACCAACUGUCCUACGUAAAUAUUACAAAUGCAGUUCACUACAUGGCAAAAUUUAAUUAUAAAAAUGUAUUGUUUUUAAAUCGACUCAAGGAUAAAGUCAUCGAAAUUGUUGACACAAUUCCGCAACGGGAAUUCAGCAACAUCAUGUGGUCUUUAUCAAAGUUAAAAAUUAAAGACGAUAAAUUUUAUAUUGUGUCUCUCCAUAAAGUUAAGAAAAUAAUCCCUUCGAUGGACAUGAUGUCAAUCGCCCAAGUGUUAGAUGCACUACGACGAAGGAAUUUAUCAAGUGAGGUGUCAUUUUUAGACAAGCUACUCGAUCCCCAGGUGGUUAAAAAGGACACAUGUGAUUUACUCAACAAAUGUCAAGAACCUCAGGAACGUAACAGAGCAGUGACGAAUAAGAGCGUAGAAUCAGCUGAAAAUGUCGCAGAACAAGUAAAUUGCGAAAGCACUCAGCUGGGGAAGAAUAACCACGCGCACGCAAACAACACACCGUGGCAAAGUGCUCACCCAGAGCAAAGAACAGAGGAGUUGCCCCCAAGAGGGGCCCACAAUGUAUGCCACGUUCCCAUCGAGUUAGAAAAAGGUGUCAUCGAUUUGUUAAUACAGAAAUAUUUGGAAAAUAUAGAGCAAUGCUCACUCCAUGUGUUGACACAAGUCCCAUUUUGCUCUCUUCAACUGAACUGCACUAAUUACGACAUUUACCACAAAUCUCUUGAAGUUCUUAGACGGAAAAAAAAAUAUAUGAGUACCUUAAAUUUAAUAUAUGCAAGGUACUUCAUAAGGAUUCUUAUAGAAAAGCAAGAGGAUAAUUUCCAAAAAUUGCCUCGCUCGGUUAAGCAAUUCGCCAGGGAAAUCAUGAACUCGGAUAGCACUUAG